AUGUGGGGGAAAAUCCCAUCUAGCAAGAGAGAACGAAAGAAACACCAGAAAGAAAAAAGAAAGAAAAAUCUUGGUUGUAGGGAAGAUUUAAUUUUGUUAAGGAGAAGGAGCUGUGGAUUAAGGGCAGAUUUCGAGGCUCUGGUUCCCUCCUCUCUAAAGAGAAGAUUAAAUCUUCAAGAAGAAGAAGUGAAAGAGACGAGAUACAGAGGUGUAAGAAAAAGACCAUGGGGAAGAUUUGCAGCAGAAAUCAGAGAUCCAUGGAAGAAAACUAGAGUCUGGUUAGGUACUUUUGAUUCAGCUGAGGAUGCAGCUAAAGCUUACGGUACUGCUGCUCGUAAUUUAAGGGGUCCUAAAGCUAAAACUAAUUUCCCAUUUUCACCCAUUCAUCCACAUCAAACAAUUUAUCAUCAACAGCAACAAAGCACCAAUUUCUACAACAAUCAGCAAUGCCAACCGCAAAAUGAAAACCAAACUCAAGUUAAUAAUAUUCAGAGACCAACUAGUAGUAGUUUAAGUAGUACUGUUGAAUCAUUUAGUGGUCCAAGAUUUUCUUCUUCAGCCUUGAUUCAUCAUGCACCAUCUCAGCAGCAGCAUAAAAGACGGCGGCCUCAUAGACAACCAGCAGCUGUUCUUGAUCCUGAUCAAGGGUGCCAUAGCGAUUGUGAUUCUUCUUCUUCUGUGAUUGAUGGUGAUAAUCAAAAUCAAAAUAUAGCUUCUACUUCAGUAUCAUCUGCCUUUAGCAUCAGAGACGAAAGACCAUUACCGUUUGAUCUUAACUUUCCUCCUCCUUCUUUGGUUGACAAUAUAUAUAACGAUGAUGAUGAUGAUGAUUUAGCUCUGUGUCUUUGAUUUGAUUAUCUCCAUGAAUUGAUGAGGGAGUUUUAGGAAGGAAAAAAAUUAUCUUCUUUUGUGGUUGUUGGUGAGGUUGUUGUUGUUAAUCAGAUUAUAGGUGGGGUAUAAUUACAAAUUAAUAGUGUUCAUUAUGAUGAGGUUCUUCAUCCCUUUGAGAUAGGGAUUGAUUAUGAAUCUUCAACUAUUUUCAUUGAUAUCAAAAAUUCUGAUCUCUUUGUAAUUGUUGAAGUCAGAUCUGAUAUGAUAUGAGGUUCUUUUUAACUUGAACCUCUUGGAACUGAUCUGAUCAAUUGUUGUACUCUUUAUUUUACCUUUUGUACAAAAUUUUAUCUAAUUCAAUGGAAGUACGAGGAUGGGGAUGAUGAUAUAUAUAUAUAUAUAUAUAUAUAUAGAUAGAUAGAUAGAUAGAUAGAUAGAUAGAUAGAUAGAUAUAGAUGUUGAUCUUGAUUAACCCGUAUGAAAAGAAUUUUGUAAGUUGCAGUUGCAGAUGUAGUAGAAGAAGUUUUGGUCGGUGUUUGGAGAAAAAGAGUUUAAAAAUUGAAAGAUACAUUCUACUACUUCUUCUUUGUUGGCAGAUUCAAAAUGGUGUAUCAUUUGCUGCUAUUGCCACCUUCGGAUAUCCUGAAGGUGUUCAUGUUGCGAUCCAGUUAUACUUUUAGCACUCCCAGAAUCCCAUGUGUUCCUACAGCCGUUUUUUGAACUGAACUGCUUAAGAUACUUGUGGUUCUCUUUUUAUAGAGGCUGCCAACACAGGUGAUCUUCUGUCUAUGCUGUCAAAGUGAGAUACUACGAACACACUUGUGUUUAUCAUUACAAGGCAUUCGACUCGUUUGGUUUUAACAAGUACAUCUCAAUGUGUUACGAACUGCGUAUUUGCAAAUCUAGUGCAACUUGUAAAAAUAAUAACCGCGGCAUAGAUAUGAUGAAAGACUGGUUCCACUGAAGAUGUUGGGUCUACCCCUGCGUCAGUUGUCUAAUUUUACCAUUUGCUUAUGUGAUUUCUGCUUUAAGUCUUAUACUUGUAUCCUAUGAUUCACUUCUGCUAUUGGUCUAGAAGGUUGUGGUGUGAUCAGUUCUAACAAGGUCAUAGACUAUGGUUCAAAUUCGCAUCCGCUCUAACAGGAAAGAAAGGCCCAUCCAUACUACAUGCAAACUGGAAAUCGUUAAAUUUGGAAUCGCCUGCAAGUUGGAACUUCUGCAACCUGCUGCUGCCAUAGGAACUACAUGUUACUGAACUACAUAUGGGCCUGCGGGCUCGCCAGUAAUGCCUCCGUCAGGUCUUCCAUAUGCAGAGGUGGUCUUUACCUCGAGGACAGCCCACUUCUGGCCCUUCCAGCAAGAAGGAUCUCUGGCAACAGCAUACAUAGCCGUAGUUCUUUCGCUUUCACAAGACUUCUUACCUUCCACAUGGUAUCAGUCAGUAGUAUCAAUUGGGAUCUGUUUUGGGUAUAGAAUCUCAUUCUCUUAUGAAGGACUGUCCUCUUCAUUAACAUGCUUCAACUUAAUUUCGUUUGAACACUCUGAUCUUUCAGGGCUAGUUUCUUUUCCUUUGGAUUUCGAUUGUUUUUUCAUAUACGUUAUUAGAGCCGGUUUAGCAUUGUAUUUUUGGCAUCACUGUCCCUCUGGCUUAUUUUAUUUUUUGCCAUUUGAGCAAUGCGAAUAAAAAAAAUCCUCACACAAUA